GUAACGAGACUUCAGUAGUCCACAACGAGAUUCGUUCUCUUCCGCUAGCGCCGUUAUCUGAGAUGUAUUCCAGUUGCGCUAAGAUUGUUAAACCUCCGGGCGAGAAGCCUGAUGAUUUUGAAUCACAAAUUUCUCAGGCUCUUUUGGAGUUGGAAAUUAGUAGUGAUUUAAAGAACCAGUUGAGAGAGCUGUACAUUACUGGAGCAAAGGAAAUUGACAUCCGUGGCAAAAAAGCCAUCAUUAUUUUUGUCCCUGUACCUCAGCUGAGGUCCUACCAGAAGAUACAGAUCCGUUUAGUAAGAGAAUUAGAAAAGAAGUUCAGUGGGAAACAUGUAGUUUUCAUUGCACAGAGGCGAAUUUUGCCAAAGCCCAAUAGAAAGAUCAAGAAUAAGCAAAAGCAAAAGAGACCUAUCAGUCGAACUUUGACCUCUGUCCAUGAAGCAAUCUUAGAAGACUUAUGUUUCCCUGCUGAGAUUGUUGGCAAGAGGAUACGUGUAAAGAUGGAUGGCUCUAAGCUAAUAAAGGUGCAUUUAGACAAGAAUCAACAAACUAACAUUGAACAUAAGCUUGAAGUAUUCCGAGCAGUUUACAAAAGAUUGACAGGGAAGGAGGUUGUAUUUGAGUUUCCUGAUUAUAUUCUGUAAUUAAAGCAGGAUUGACAAAUGCUGAAAUAAAAGAUGUGAAAGAAAAU